GGUUUUUCCAAGUUCCGCCUUCUCCCCGUUUGCAGUCAUUCUGGCCGCAGCUGUGCAUCGCCUUUGACUCCAUCUGUCCUUCCGCUGGGGACGAGUAUCCCGCCACAUGGAGAACACAAGUUUGGCUCUCCAGGGGGGAAACGACCAGCAGAGCCGAACAAGGAACAGAUGUAAAAGGAAUAAAAGGAGAGAGAAAAAGAGAUGAGACUCGUAUAAAGAGAUCCAGGGGCUCAAAAGGUGGCUGACAGCGGCGGAAGCGGCUCGAGCUCCCCCGGCUUGUCUGCGCGAGCUGCGGGCGGAGGACGACUUCACCAGUUGCAGAUGUAACCGCGGGAACUCCUGCGUCUGUCGGUUUGUUUGCCAAACAAAGUCUUUUCUUCUUUGGCUCAGACACCGUAGAGGCUCCUGGAUUUUUCUGCCACUCCACCACAAGCUAGCAGUUACCCGGGAGCCUUCCCAAGGAGCUGGCGGAGACAUGAGCCCUUCAGGGCGGAGGAUGGGUGAAGGUCGUCCAGCCUGGAAGCGCCUCCUGCUCCCUGGAAGCAGAGGGUCACCCCGCGGGAGGCAGGGCGGCGGCGCCGGGGCGCAGCGCUUCCUGCUCCGGCUCUACGUGCACGCGUGGCUGUGGGCGGCCUCCGGCUCGGCUGCCCAGGUGUUCAACCUCAGCCUUUCCGUGGACGAGGGCCUUCCUCCGGGCACUCUGGUCGGCGACAUCCGCGCGGGGCUGCCGGCCACGCAGCAGCAGCAGGAGGGGGGCGGCUUCUUUCUGUCGGAGGAUUCCGAUGACUCUCCGCUGCUGGACGACUUCCAAGUGCACCCGGACACAGGCAUUAUCCGCACGGCGCGGCGCCUGGACCGCGAGCGGCGCGACCACUACAGCUUCGUGGCCGCCACGCUGCUGGGCGCGGUGGUGCAGGUGGAGAUCCGAGUCAACGACGUGAACGAUCACUCGCCCCGCUUUCCUCUGGACUCCCUGCAACUGAACGUCUCCGAGCUCAGCCCACCAGGUACCGCCUUCCGCCUGCCAGGCGCCCGAGACCCGGACGCCGGGCUUUUCAGCAUACAGGGCUACACCCUGGUGCCACCGUCCAACCUGCCCGAGGACCUCGCAGGGCCUUUCUUCCAGUUGCGCUACGGGGCCCCGGGGUCGCCGCCGUCCUCGUCGUCCCUUGAGCCCCUGGACGUGGUGCUGCUUCGGCGCUUGGACCGAGAGGCGGUGGCGGCACACGAGCUGCAGAUCGAGGCUUGGGACGGCGGUCGCCCGCGGCGCACCGGCCGCCUGCGAGUGGAACUGCGCGUGCUGGAUGAGAACGACAAUCCUCCGGUCUUUGAGGAGAGCGAGUACCGCGCCGCGGUGCGCGAGGACGCUCGGCCGGGCACCGAGGUCUGUCGCGUGCGCGCCACCGAUCGCGACCUGGGCCCCAACGGCCACGUGCGCUACAGCAUCCGCUCCCGGCAGGCGCCCGGGGCAGGGGGUGGCGGCGGGACGCCGGGCGACGCGGCCUACUUCGUGGUGGAGGAGCUGAGCGGCGUGGUGCGGGUGCAGAGGCCGCUGGACCGCGAGGCGCAGGCCUGGCACCAGCUGGUGGUGGAGGCCCGCGACGGAGGCGCCGAGCCCGAGGUCGCCACCGUGCGCGUGUCCAUCGCGGUGCUGGACGUGAAUGACAACCGGCCCGCCAUUCAUCUUCUCUUCCUCACCGAGGGAGGCGCCGCACGCGUCUUCGAGGGCGCUCGAGUCGGCGACUAUGUGGCUCGGGUCUCGGUGUCAGACGCGGAAGGUGACCCUGAGAAGGACGAGGAGGCCGCCGGGGAGCUCAGUGCAGGCCUCGGGGUCGGGAGCGUCUCGCUGACCUUGGAGGGCGGUGAGGGGGCCUUUGUGCUGCGGUCCGGAGGCUCCCCAGGGGUAUUUUUCCUUUGCGUCGAGGGGCCCCUAGACAGGGAGAGCCGAGACCUGUAUGAUUUGCGACUGGUGGCCACGGAUGCGGGGUCCCCGCCGCUGAGCACCGAGGAGACGCUGCUGCUCCGGGUUGCUGACCUCAAUGAUCAGCCGCCUCUCUUCAGCCAGGAGCAUUACUGGGCCUCGGUGUCCGAGGCCGCGGCUCCCGGCACCGCGGUCUUGUGCGUCAGCGCCUCGGACGCAGAUGAGCCUGGCACUGACCAUGCCAGGCUGCGCUACGCGCUGCUCCCUCUCCCCGCGCUCUGCAACCCGGAGGCUCCUUGGCCCCCCGCUGAGUGCGGACCGGCCUUCAGCAUCGAUCCUGAAAGUGGCGUGAUCAGCACCGCCCGGAGCCUGGACCGGGAGGCCCAGGAGGCCGUAGAGCUGAGAGUGGUGGCCCACGACCUCGGAGAACCCCCGCUCUCGGCCACCUGCCUGGUGAGCAUCGCCGUGGACGACGUGAACGACAACGAGCCUGUUUUCCUGAAGCAGGUGUACAACGCCACGCUUCCGGAGCACACCGCAGUUGGGCACUGCUUUCUCCAGGUAAAAGCCUCCGAUGCAGAUGCAGGACUCUAUGGCUUUGUUGAAUAUUCUCUUUAUGCUGGAUUCCAAAGCUACGAUGCACCUCAAGCAUUCCAGAUAGACCCACAUGAUGGGCACAUCUGUGUUUCUCAAGACACUGACAGGGAAAGAGAUCCAGCCACCUAUGAUCUCUUGGUGAAAGCUAAGGAUGGGGGUGGACUCAGUGCCCAAGCUUUUGUUCGUGUGGAGCUGGAGGAUGUAAAUGAUAAUGAACCUGUGUUUCACCCAUUAACCUAUGUGACGAGCCUUAGUGGCCAGGCGCACCUGGGCACCGAAGUCAUCAAUGUUCUUGCCACAGACAGGGAUUCCGGGCUGUAUGGAACAGUGGCCUAUGAGCUCGUCCCCGGAGACCUGUCAUCCUAUUUCACCAUCGACCCCACCUCAGGGAUUAUUUACUUAGCAUCAACUGUUAGUCAUUUGGAAUCCACCACACUUUUGCUGAUGGUCUGUGCUCGAGACGGUGGUGGGCUCACAUCUGUCACUAAUGCUGAAGUCACCAUACACAUUCUCCAGACGACUCUGGCACCUGCUGAAUUUGAAAGGCCUAAGUACACUUUCUCUGUUUAUGAAGACGUGCCUGAAGACAGUCCUGUGGGAACAGUGAAAGCUAAAGAGUCCUUGAAUUCCUCAGAGCCAAUUUUUUAUCGGAUCUCCUCCGGCAACCUGGACGGCGCGUUCUCCAUUCACCCGUGGCUGGGCACCAUUCGAACGCAGAAGCCUCUGGAUCACGAGGCGCAGCCGGUGGCUGUGCUCACCGUCCAGGCACAGCUCGGCAGCUCCCCCGCCUGCGGCAGCACCGAGGUCAACAUCACCGUCGUCGACGUCAAUGACAACGCCCCGGUGUUUCCCAGAGCGUCUGAUGAGGUCACAGUGUCUCAGCGCACGCUGCCCGGCACCGCCUUGUACCGCGCCCGCGCGGAAGACAGAGACAGCGGGCCGAACGGGCGCGUCCGCUACGCCAUCGCGCGCCAGAGCCCGAGCGUCUUCUCCGUGGACGCGGGGCUCGGCGUGGUGUACCUCAGCCGCAGCCUGCCGGGGGCUCGGCCCCGGGAGUGCACGCUGACCCUGCUGGCCCAGGACCUCGGCGCUCCUUCUCGGGCGUCGCUGAUGGUGCUGACGGUCAUCAUUGCGCCACAGGCGCCAAGCCCGUCUCUGACGUUUGAGCAUUUGGUCUAUCAAGUGGAAGUGAGUGAGGCGCUCUCGCCAAUGACCGCAGUCCUGCGCAUCCGGGCCCGGCCACUGGGCCCGCCGGGGGCUCCCCCGCAGCUCCUGUACUGGCUGGAGCCCAGCACUGAUUCCGCUGCGUUUGGCGUCCAUCCUUUCACAGGUUGGAUUUAUUUGCGGCGACAGCUCGACUAUGAAUCCACACAAAUGUAUAAUUUUAGAGUGUUUGCCUGGAUCCCAGAGGACAAAUUGUCACAAAAUGUGAGCACUUCAGUAACUGUUCAUGUCCUGGAUGAGAAUGACAAUUCCCCUACCUUCUCGCAUGAUGUGUUGUUUUUGAAAGUCCAGGAGAGUCCUCUUCCCCAAGGGGUAAUAGGCAAAAUCACAGCAAUUGACAGAGACUCCGGAAAGAAUGGACAGCUGUCGUAUUUCCUUUUGUCUGAUGGAAAGUUCUUCAAGAUAAACCCUAAUACAGGUGAACUUAUCAGCUGGGUGGCCCUGGAUCACGAGCAGCGGGCACACCAUCAGGUGACCGUCCUCGUGAGCGACCACGGCUCCCCUCCGCGCAACGCCACCACACUGGUGCAUGUCUCAGUUACCGACAUCAAUGACAACAGGCCGUAUUUCCCACAGUGCCUCGAUGGGAAGGAAUUGUCCAUCAAGGUUCUGGAAGGUCAGCCAGUAAAUAUGUUGGUUACAACUGUGUUUGCAAAGGAUCUUGAUGAAGGAAACAAUGCAGAAGUUACAUAUUCAGUAUCUUCAGAAGACAGUUCUGAUCACUUCAAGAUUGAUGCCAACAGUGGUGAAAUAAGAACAACUAGAGUACUUUCACAUGAUUAUGGACCUUCUUACAGGAUGACUGUAAUUGCCAGUGACCAAGGAGUGCCUCCUCUUCAAGGACAGGCAGUUAUUAAUAUUCAGGUGAUACCACUAUCCAAAGGGAGAACUGUAAUUUCUCAGAAUAUUAGACAUUUAGUUAUACCAGAAAACUUGAAGCCUUCAAAAGUAAUGAGCUUGAUAAAGUCACCUGAUCACCUUCAACGACAGCGUGGUGGAAAGUUGCAUUUUAGUAUCGCUGCAGAUGACAAGGAUGGUCACUUUGAAGUGGACGGCUCAACAGGAGACUUGUUCCUCUUUAAGGAACUGGAUUAUGAAAUGAUGUCUCAUUAUCUUUUCAGGGUGGUAACUGAAGACCACAGCAGAAGCCCUCCCGUGAAUAGCACGGUCUUCCUGAGUGUUGCUGUGGAAGAUCAGAAUGACCACUCCCCAUCUUUCCGGGAGGAGUUCAUUGUGAUAAGCGUAGCAGAGGACUCCCCCGUUGGCACUCUGGUGCACAUCUUCAAUGCCAAAGAUGGUGACGGCAGUUUUUUGAACAGUAGAAUACACUACUUCAUUGAAGCCAGCCACCCUGGAAUGAACCCCUUCCUCAUCCACCCCUCCACUGGCACUUUGGUCACCACGUCUCCCCUUGACAGGGAGAGAGUUCCCACUGUUGUCCUGACAGUGACCGCAUCGGACCAGGCUGUGAACGCGACAGACCGGCGACUGAGAUCGCUGAUGGCGAAGGUAGUGAUUCUGGAUGUGAAUGACCACAGUCCCACUUUUACAUCUUUCCCCAUCGCCCGUGUCAGAGAGGAUGCUGCGGUGGGCUCCUUGGUGCAUCACAUAACUGCUCAAGAUCCAGAUGCAGGAAGGAAUGGAAAAGUAACAUUCAGCAUCCUCUCAGGAAAUGAAAACAUGGCCUUUAUGCUAGAUGAGUCAUCAGGUACUGUCCACGUCACUGUCGGUUACAGCCUGUGA